ACCGAGGAAGCAGCCAAAGAGGGGCUGCAGGCGCUCUUCCACUGCGAGUAUGUCAUUCUAACUGAAUACGUCGAGUGCGCGCUGCCAUUGCUCUACGCCGUCUACCUCGCUGGGUUGUUCCACGUGCCUACAGCUGCUUACUAUCCACAUACACGCGACGUAUCUGCUGAAAAGAUGCAGUCAACGCUGAUUCAGCUCGUUGUGUACGGCUCGCUCGAGUUUGGCUCCUUCGUCGGCAUCUUCUUCAUGUUGAAGCGAAGAUUUGGGUACUCGCCGCUUUUCCAGCUGGCUUUCGUGCUGGAGACGGAGGCGAUGACGCUGCAAAGUCUACUGUUCGCCUGGGUCGUGUUUGCGCUCCCGCUCACUCUGGUUCAUUACGGUAAG